AAAGAAGCUCUGGAGUCUAGAGAGAAAGGUGUUGCUCCGCUGAUGCACUCGCUCUGCAUCAUUUCUCCCCUCCCCUCCCUAACCUGCACCAACCCUGCAUCGUCAAGCAGUGAAUCACCCUACUCGAUCGUGCUCCUCUCAAGCUACCAGUACCAACCUGUUGCCGUCUUCCAGUGAACUGGUGACACCUUGUGGUCAGUGGCCAUCGAAUUGCUCCCCGAACUGCAAGCAAAGCCCUUCCUUGCUUGCCACCGACACAAAGCGCGCGGGGAAGGUUCCGAUUUCGUCGCUGUCGAGUCAGAAUUCCAGACCGCGAUCCGAGACUCAUGUCGUAGCGAUCAGCGAGCCAAUUUUUGUUACAUUUUUUUUUUCAAGUUUAAUUGGGGGCGUGUAUGGACGUUGUGACGUUCGGCGUGGUGGUAGGCAUAGUCGUUCUCCUCUUCGUGCUCGUCCUCGUCGUCACCAUCGAGGGCGCCUGCAAGCGCGCCUCCGCCUCCUGAUUCCCCCAGAACCCGCGAGCGCCCCGACGCCGUAGCCCUAAUGCGCCGCCGCCGCCGCCUCGCCGUCCUGCUCCUCCUGGCGGCCGCGGCCGCGGCCGCCUCCGCCGACGGCCACUCGGAGUCCUCCUGCCCCUUCCACGACCACGGCGGCCACGGCGACGACGAGCCGCACGAGCACCACGGCCACGGGCACAGCUGCGGCGGUGGCGGAGGCGGCGCGGACCACGAGCACCACCACCACCACCACGGCCACGAGGCCCAUGGCCGCGACGAGAUCCAGCGGCUGCUCCGGGAGGAGCUGGCCGAGGAGGCGGAUCUCGAGCUAGAAUCCUUCGGUUACGAUCCCCACGACCACGAUCACCAUCCCCACAACCACGACCAUGGCCACCACCACGGCCACGGGGACCUGGAUUCCGAGACAUCGCCUAUUGGUGUGUGGCUGAGCGCGAUGGGGUGCUCGCUGCUGGUCAGCAUGGCGUCGCUCGUUUGCCUCGUCCUCCUCCCGGUCAUCUUCUUUCAGGGGAAACCGUCAAAGGCCAUGGUGGAUUCGCUUGCUGUUUUUGGGGCAGGAGCAAUGCUUGGAGAUUCAUUUCUUCAUCAACUGCCACAUGCUUUUGGUGGAGGGCAUUCUCACUCGCAUGAUCACGAGGGUCACAAUCAUGUUCAUGAGCAUGCACAUGCACACUCUCUGGAAGAUCUUUCUGUUGGGUUGUCUAUACUAUUUGGCAUUGUACUAUUUUUCAUUGUUGAGAAGAUUGUGAGGUAUGUUGAAGACAAUUCACAACAAGGGGCUCAUAGCAUGGGUCAUGGGCACCAUCAUCACCACCACAAACGGCAUGGAAGCAGUGACAAGGCCAAGUUGUAUCAUGCAAAUGGUGAUCAUGAGGGUAAAGACAUGGAUCAAGCAGAAGAGGAACCUUUGGUUGAUGGUGCAACUGGAAAAAUAGACGAUGAAAAUUCUCAUGGGUCAAAAGCUACUAUACGGAAGAGGAGCUCUUCUGCCAGUUCCAAAGCCACUGAUGGAGAGCCCGUCAAUUGUGAAAGUGAUCGUACCCCUGACAAAGAGUUGUCAAGUGAAGAUUCCUCUGUUCCAAACUCUAACUUGGUGUUUGGAUACCUCAAUCUUUUUUCAGAUGGUGUUCAUAACUUCACUGAUGGGAUGGCUCUUGGGAGUGCUUUUCUGCUACAUGGUUCUGUUGGAGGGUGGUCAAGAACUUUAUUUCUGCUUGCGCAUGAACUUCCCCAAGAGGAUGCUUGGUUCCGAACUUCCAAUCAUCCAGUGUUUCAUUGGCAAAACAGUUCUAUUGACUCGGUACAGAACAUGCUCCUUCUUGAUGGUAAACUUUUUUUUCCCCUUUUUGUUAAGGUUGGAGAUUUCGGAAUCUUGGUGCGCUCAGGAUUCACAGUAUCUAAGGCCCUAUUUUUCAAUUUUCUCUCUGCGUUGGUUGCUCUUGCUGGAACAGCAUUAGCAUUAUCUUUGGGAAAAGACCCAGGACAUUCUUCAUUGAUUGAGGGAUUCACCGCUGGUGGUUUUAUUUACAUUGCUGUUGCGGGAGUUCUCCCACAGAUGAACGACCAGAAAACAACCCUCAAAAGCUCAACAGCUCAGUUGAUUUCCCUCACAAUGGGGAUGCUGGUUGCUCUAGGCAUCUCUCUCGUAGAAUGAUUUGAAUAUCUGUUUCUCCAGUUGCAACUUCAGGUUGAACUGCAGUUACACCAAGCUAGUAUAAUUCUUGAACAGCUCCAGCCUGGAAGGUGGGUUCUCUAAUUCUCUUGAUAUAGUACCUGAAAAUAUCGUAGAAAAUUUGGCACCCGAUUAUAGGUUUGCUUUCAUCAUUGGUACAUUAACAUAUGACUGUUUUUCAA